AUGGCGAGUGCUGCGUUCUUCGCUCUCAAAAUCCAGGUCCUAGGAAAACACACAAUUCAGAUCGCUGCAGGAUGGAGUAAAGUAGACAGAACGCUCAGGGGGGAGGACGGCUGUUUCGUCUGCACGGAAGAAGCGGCACGUUUGAUCCUCAAGCAGAUUGCAAGUGCAGUGGGCAGCUUGCAUGCCGCCGGAGUAUUCCAUUUGGAUAUCAAGGGCCCCAACGUCGCUGUCUCUGGACUGUGUAGCCGAAUGCUUGUUCGAUCGGCAGAAAAGGGGGCGGCGGAAGCCGCGAGUUCGGCACAGGCAGCACCAAGCGAGACAGAGAGACUUGCAAUGCAGCGCACAGGAGUAGUAGCGGAGAUCGGAGGGGAGGGCUUUGCCAAAGAAGCUUGCGAAAGAGCAAAAGCGCUUGGCAGAAGAAAGGCCGAGGGCGACUGCGGGUGUAUGAUAUUUGCCACUUUGUUGGACCUAGACAGCGCGCAGAGGGGCGUUGGAGGACUAGUGAUGCAAGGAGGAUCUUCCAAGGUCGUUGUUCCUCCAGAAGAGGUUAACAGCCACAGCGAAGACGUCGAGGCAAGAGGCUCGACGGGUCGAGAGAAUGCACAGUCAGAUGAGGCUGGCGUGGGAACCUGCGUCAGCACAGAGACUGCUGCUUUGGCCGUCUCCAGUACUGGCAGGGUGCUCUCGCCGCUCGAACGAGAUGAGCUGUUAGAUGGAGAGAUGAAAGACGUCUACGGUCUGGGCUGCCUCCUCAGCGAAGUACUCACGGGAGAACAUCCCUACAUUCGGCCCGACAAACGCACAACCUGGCGAGAGGCUGAGACGAUGUUCUUUGCUGCCAUGUUAGCUGGAAAUGCAAUUCCGAGAAAGCCUUUCUCGUAUAUCCAGCCGUCUCCCACUGCAGUGGACCUUAUCUGGGGCAUGGUAGAGCCGAACCCUCACAAGCGACUGCGACUCGCCGUGACGAUGGAUCGGCAGCCUCUUGUGACGGCAUCCCCCUUCGCUGUCGCUGCUCCGGCGCAGCCCUCUCCCUUCUUCCAGCAACAGCAGCAGCAGCAGCAGCCGUUCGGCUUCUUUGGGGCCUCUAAUGCUGCAGCAGCGCCGUCAGCUGCCGCCUUUGGAGGGGGAUUUGGUGGGGGGUUCGGCUUUUCAGCCUCGAAUUUCGGAGGGUCUGCUGCUGCUGCAUCGUCUGCUGCCGCUGCGUCGUCUGCUGCCGCUGCGUCGUCUGCUGUGGCAAGCGAUGGCGUUGCGCCGAUGGCCGUGCAGAAAGAAACAAAAGCGGAGAACUACACGGAGGGAAAGAUCUACAUUGAAGCGUGGAAGCAUCUGCUUACUGCGAAGAAGAGUGGAUGCUGGCCAUUCACAAGCAUCAGUGCUGGACCUGCUACGGAGGCUGUGUAUGAAGGACUGCCGCUGACGCACGAGCAGUUGCGAUGGGAGUUUUAUCAGAGGGGGCAGGAGCAGCAGCAGCAGCUUCUAGAUCAACUCAGCGUGCAGCUUUACGAGUCUCAACGCCACUUCUACUUGCGCGUCAAGCAGGCAGCAGCAGCCGAAGGUCUGUCUCUUGAGGCUGACCCUUUGUACGAGACAGCGGCUGCAGUGUCUCCUCCUGUUUUUCCGGCUGCAGUGUCUGCAGUGGGUGCGGGUGCAGUGCCUGCUGCUGCAGUCGCUCCUGGCGCUUCCCCCCUCUGCACUGCACCGCUAGGAGUCGCAGCGGCAGCAGCAGCUUCGCCGCAGCCAGCGGCUCCCACUGCCACCCCCUCCCCCGCAGCGGCGGCAGCAGCUUCUCGCCUAGCGGCCACUACUUUGGAGGCGGCAAUGGAAGCGUUCAGCAGUGCAGCCUUCCAGUGCCCCCCCCGCCUCAUCUCUGCGGCUGAAGACGGUUUUUUGGUGCACACCGACGGGUAG